AUGACUGCGAGAAUACGAUGCUUUUGGAUUUUGUGGUCUCUUUUAGCUUGGAGUUCGGCUAUUCUCUGUACAGCUGGGUGCUUCUUUCCCUAUUGGCUAAAAGGCAUAUUCAAGGUCACUUUGUGGGGAGCUAAUUCAACUACUAUAGAUAAGCAACUAAACAGCCAUGUGGGUUUAUUUAGACGAUGCGUUUACGCCACCUAUACACCGAGUUUACAAUUCAUAGGCAGUGGAGUUGAGUCUGGGAUUGACCUACAACCAAAUUGUGGACAUUAUUCAUUUGCGGAUAUUCCUCACAUGACGUGGAAAAUUGGACUCAUAACUCUAGCAGUGUCGUGCAUCAUUCUGUUCUUCCUUACCUUCUUCAUCUUUGUUUCCGGAUUUAAUGUAAUUCUUCUUGCAAAUGGCUGCGUUUGCAAACUCUGUCAGUUUGGAUUUCUUGUUUCCGGUCUACUUGUGGGCUUCACUUGUGUGAUGUAUCCUGUUGGCUGGAAGGGGAACGAGGAGGUAAGGCAGAUUUGUGGUCCGUCUGCAGAUAUCUACAACAUUGGACAUUGUGAAGUUCAAUGGGCUUACAUGAUAACAAUCUUAGGAGGGAUUCUUUCUUUAUUGUCGACACUUCUGCCCUGUGCAAUACCAACCCAAGUUCCCUACGAUUUGGUACCAUCCUACGGUAAGCGGUACUUCGGUGAAUUUCCGAAUGGAAAUCUCUUUGUAAGUGGAGCGAACAUGCCUCUUUUGUUGGCUAGAAACGCAGCCACACCCACAGACCAAUCUUCACUCUAUCAAGGCAGUUUCAGUCGGAAAACGAGUAGUGUUCACGGCCCUAUGAUUGCAAUAUCUUCGAGUAACUAUGCUCCAACUUCGGAAUAUCGGGUCCUGAUGCCUGCGACACCAGUGAUAGUUCAGUCUUCAUAA